ACAUGAACACUUUUGUUUAUCUGGUUAAAAAUAUUGAAAAUAACAACAAAAAGAAUGCAGAAAAGUCUUUUUGUUGUUGCUUUUCUAUUUUAAAAAACAAGAGACAGAAUCUUUUUUAAUUUUUAUUUGAAACCACUUCCACCUACAGCAACCAUUAAAACAACAGAAAUUGGCCCUUUUUAAGAUUUUUUUCCCCUAUUUUAACCCAACAACGAUAAAAUGAGAAACUGGCCUCUUUAAAAAAGAAAAAAGAAAAAAGAAAUCUCAUACUUUAUUGACUUCGAAAAUCAAAUCUAACAAAGUAUUAUCCCAACUUUUUCUCAUUUUAAGCAAAAUAAAACACGUAAAAAAAGAAAGAAAGAAAAGAACAACGGGCCUGUUUCAUAGUUUUUUCUUGUUUACUUGUUUGUUUUUGUCUGUUUAGUUUCGUGUAGUUUUGGUUUUUGCUGACCGCAGGUUCUGAUGAAAUGUGAGAAGUGCUAACGCAGCAGCAGCAGCAGCGGGGUGGACGAAGCUCCGCGCCCCCCUCAGCUGCUGCUACGCGGGCGGAGACUUCACACGGAGCUCCGUUAGCUCCCGCUGUCAACCCGAGGGACUGAUAAGUCUGGCCGCCAGCAGCAUGUCCACAGUGAACAGCGGGUCCUCCGGUUGUCGGGCCGUGGUGAUGGCAGGAAAGUACCUGUCGAGUCCGUCCCCUCCGGCGCUGAGCCGGAGCUCCGGCCGCCAGCAGCGGAAGAUGUUCAGUCCGCAGCGGCGCAUGGUGAGCGCUGACGCGGCAGGCACGGCAGGAAAGCCCGCGGCUUUGGCCCAGCAGGAGUACCCGGGCUAUUUCUCCGCCGCAGACCGACAUGUGCGGACGAACCGGAGUCUGAUUUACUGGGAUGUGAAGGCGUUUCUCAACGAGAUUGGCGGAGAUCCCCGGGAGGCUCGGUACUGGCUGACCCAGUUCCAGAGAGCGACUUCGGCUCAGUCUCCAGCCUUUGCCGUACUGGAGGUGGACAGCUCGGUGUUCGACAGCAGGGAAAUGGUUCAGAGUCUGGCCUUCGGGCUGUCCUUCCUGCAGCGGAUGGAUAUGAAGCCAGCGGUUGUCAUGGGCCGGUCUGAGCACCAGGAUUCGGGGAUCACUGAACCGGUUCCCGGGUGUGGGGGCAGCCGGGAGCUGGUGGAGCGCUGCCAGCAGCUGACCGAGGCUCUGCAGCAGGCCUCGGCCACCAUCCUGCCGUUCUUCUCCGCGGAGUCCUUCCUCCUGCUGCACGAAGCGCCGAGAGGAAGCAGUGCUCCCCCCUCCAUCACCGUGGACUCCAGCCUCCUGCAGUGGAGUGUGGACUGUGGGACAAUCCCUCUGGUCUGUCCGGUGGGGAGGGACGAACGAGGCUGCUCUGUAAUGCUGGACCAGACCGAGGUGACGGCGGCCAUUUCCCGAGCCCUGCAGCCCCACAAAGUCAUGUUCCUGAACAACUCGGGAGGCCUGCGUAGCCCAGAACACAAGGUGCUGGACUCGGUGUCGUUGCCCACCGACCUGCCCGGUCUGUCUGUGGCGGCGUGGCUGAGUCCAGCUGAGCGUCGCAGAGUGACCACCAUCGCCAGACUGCUCAAUCAGCUGCCCACCGAGUCCUCUGCUGUGAUCACCUCAGCAGACACACUGCUGUCUGAGCUGUUCAGCCACAGGGGUUCUGGGACGCUCUUUAAAAACGGAGACCCCAUUCACCGGUACGCCUCUCUGGAUGAGAUUGAUGUGGAGCGUCUGCUGGCUCUCAUCAACAAGUCAUUCGAUAAAACUCUGAGGCGAGACUACAUCGACUCUCUGAAAGGACGGCUGCACUCCAUCUACCUCUCUGAAGGGUACAGCGCUGCAGCCGUCAUCACCGUGGAGCCGGUCAACAGCGGCACGCCCUACCUUGAUAAGUUUGUGGUGAGCAGCAGUAAGCAGGGCCAGGGCACCAGUCACAUCCUGUGGGAGUGCAUCAGGCAGGACCUGGGCAAACUGUUCUGGAGGUCCAGAGCCACCAACUGGAUCAACCCCUGGUACUUCAAACAUUGCGAUGGCAGCUUCGUUAAUGGGGUGUGGACCGUCUUCUGGUUCGGCCUGACCGACAUCAGAGACUCCUAUGAGCUGGUGGAGUACGCCAAAAACCUCCCCGACUCCUUCCACAGCUCGUCUCUCACCUCCCCCCAGCAGACUCCUCCACCUGCUGCAGGAUCCUGAACCACCUCCUUCAACAGCUGCUUAUGGAGCUCUGAAACUUUAAAGAAUUGUUGGAGUUUUUUUUUUUCUUUUCUAUAAGCUUUAAGGCUGUGGAGUUUCAUUCUCAUCAACCUUUCAUUCAUAUCAUAUUCUCAGUGCUGCUCUGACUCCGUUUUUUUCUUCUACAGUUUUCAGUCCUCAGGCUUUUUCUCUGACUGUUGGGGAGAAUGUCACAUAUGCAGUGUUUUCUAUUUUUAGAGCUGGUUUCGCUCUAGGCGUUGCUGUGAUACAGAGCUCAGGGUUUGCUUAAAGACCGCUGACAAUGUGAAAAAACUAAGGUUGCUUCAUUUUAAAAGACAACCUCAAACUGCAGUAUUAUUUUGUGACGUGGACCAGGAAAACCAAGAUGAGCCAGGCGCUGUAGAGCCUCCAGAUUAGGUGCUGUUAACGGGGUCUUAUGCUGAUUUUGCACAUCGGGGAGGUCUGUUUAUUUGUCACAAAGAAUCCUCCUUGACCUGUGGAAGUAUUUAUACAGUUUUCUGUUCCGCUGAAGGAGAUUUUCAAUCUUUGCAAAAGUGACCCUCAUGAUGUGAUCAGGAUUAGCUUCACUUUUACAAUAUUUUAAAAUACAGAGGCUACUUUAAAUGGGGUUAUGGAUUUGGAAGUUUGGGUAAGAGUAAAGGAAUGUCUGAUGAAGGACUUGCUUUUGGGAAAUGUCAGCUUCAGAACUGCAAAGCCAUCAAUUCAAAAUUCUGCUGCUUUGAUUUUAACCAUUCCUUUUUUUUCCAAUUUUGUACUGCAAGUUCUCCUCAUUAAAUGGCUGAAUCGGGCUGUCAGAUGAAUUUACAAGCAUAAAAUGUGACAAUUAACAGGAAGAAGAAGCGGUUUGCCACUUCCCUGUUCAUUUAGCAGGCAGAAUUGGGAAAGAGGGCAGUGAAGAUUAGAAUCCACUAGGGCUGGACCCGAAUAUCCGAAUAUUCGUUCGCUACGGCGGUAUCCGGAUAUUAAUUUUGGUAUCCGAACAUUCGCCUCCCCAGUCGGACGUUACCGGGCGGAAAGAAUAUUCAGCGUUACUGUCUUCCCUCCGCCUUCGGCCCACAUCGGCUUAUAUCGGCUCAUCCCGUCCUGUGAUCACAUAAACAUCUACACAUAUGUCUAUGUGAUCACCCCCUCCUCCCCCCAGACGAAAAUAUUCGGAGCUCGUCUCUUCCCCCCGCCUUCGGCCCACAUCGGCUCAUAUCGGCUCAUCCCGUCCUGUGAGCACAUAAACAUAUACACAUAUGUCUAUGUGAUCACCCCCUCCUCCCCCCAGACGAAAAUAUUCGGAGCUCGUCUCUUCCCUUCGCCUUCGGCCCACAUCGGCUCAUCCCGUCGUGUUCGGCUCAUCUCGGCUCAUUCAUUCGUGUUUCUUACCACCACCUGAAUGGCCGGGUUGCUGCUGACUCUGACGUCACGCUUCACUUCAUUGCAUAAACACAAGACAAGAUGCUGAAGACCUCCGCUGUUCGGGAAUUCUUCAGUUUAACUGAACACAAAACGAAGGCAAAAUUUGGACCCGAGACCAGACGAACGGAUCCGAAUAUUCGGGCCGUCUCUGCCACAAGCCGCCGCCGCAGCCGCCCCCCCCCUCCCCAUCGGACAUUACGGGGCGGAACGAAUAUCCGGAUAUUUGUCUUUAAUAGGACCCGAAUAUUCGGAGGCCACUAUUUGGGCCAGCCCUAGAAUCCACUGGUUGUCAUGCACUUCUUCAAUAGCACAGAGUAUAAGUACUUAAAACUAAACUCUACAAAACUCAAAUUCCAGACUCCAUAUUCAUCAAGUGCCGCAUAAACUUUUAGUGUUCUUGUACGUAGCAGGUAACCUAUAAACAUCGGUUACGUUGUCGUGCAAUUUCAAUUUUCAACCAGAUAACACUAAAUUUGCUGUUUUCAUUCAGGUUUUUUUGUUGCUGGGAUUUCAUUUGUAGUUCUUGCAUCCUAAAUACCUUUAAUUUCCUUUGAUAGUAGUGCUCGGUUUUGUUUUUGGUCGACAGUGUUUACACAUGCAGUAGAGCUGAUCACAGAGGAAGCAGGGCGACGGUGCAGACCCACAUGUUGUGGUUUCAGAGUUCUUUUAACUUUUGUUCUUUCCAGUGUGAACCAUGAAUCAUUUGGUUUUUUGGCCAUGGAAAAACUGGAUUUCAGUGACCUCAAUGGAAACCUUAGAGCAGGACACUUUCAUACAACUUCUAAUCUCAGAGGUAAAUAAACAAAAAGGCCAAAUUUGUGUGCACUUAAGAUUUGUACAUCUUUAUGAAGGAGGGUGUGAUUUUAUGACUGUUUGGUUCAACUACUCUAACAAUAAACCUGGAAACUUUAUUUGAA